GGGAAGACAACUUUAACAAAAUGACCAAAGAUAAGAUGGAUACAAAUGAAAACUGUGAAUGACUAACACAUGCGUAUAAAAUAUUACACGUCUUCUGAAGUGGUGAAGGCUGACCUAUGGUUGUUCACAAAUAAGUGUAAAUAACUGUAUACAUGUGAUUUAUCGGUAAAUUUUAAUUGGCGUGCGUGGACAUUAUUAUCUACAUGUAUAUUUCCACAUACAAUCUAUCGUUUAAUUGUUUUUAACUGUGUUGCAUUUGGUUAACUUGUGCUUUAUCGAAUCAUUCUAAAGUGAUAGUAUCUGAUGUUUGAUCAAUCACCGUGAUUUAUUUUAUAGCUUUUUAAUAUAUAACAUUUGCGUUGCUCUCUACUUAACGUCGCCACAACUGAGUACUGGCUGUCAUUAAAUUGAAAAACAGGAAAUAUCUUAAAAUAAAAUAAAAAGAAAUAUAUACGGUGUUCAGGUACAUUAGAGUUAUGCCUAAUGUCGGGGAUGUUUUAUUGAGGAUUAGACCAAUCGUAGGUUACAUGGACUUUGUUCCCGUGUUCAUUAAUGGCAAUUAAUCGUUAAGUGUGUGAUGCAUGCAGUAUCUUUUCUCAAACCACAGUGUAGAAGUCGUUCGCAGUUCGUACAAUUCUUUACACGCAUGUGAUGUCACUGAACUUCGUCUGUUCGAUCACUGAACAGGGGAUAAUCCGCUUAACGACCAAUAAACAGCGGAUUAAACCCGCGGAUUAACGUCAUGAAAGGUUAACGAUUGUAAUGCGUUAUACAUACGACCCACCAGUCCUCUGGCAAUCCUCGCUACUAAAUAAUACGGAAACAUGUAUACAUUACAUACUGUCUGUGUGUCUAAAACAUAGUACAUGUUCUCCGACUCAUGAGACAGCAAUCGCCCAAGCUUCAAGUUGCCACUGUCCAAAGUACCUACUGGUGCUCCACACCCGCGUAGUUGCGACAACUUGCCACCGCGGUACUUUGCCAAUCUUCGAGUCCAGUCAACUGGGUAGCUAAUCUCACGAAGUCUCGCGCGACUUAGCAUGCGAAGGAAAGCCGUUAAACUACUACAUGUACAUAGACUACUGUGUGUUUGUGGAAACGAAAGCAUCAGUGUAUUAAUAAUAAGCGUAUAGUAAACAAAACAGAGCAGACGAUGGCCUCCUCGCCCGGGCGGCUGCUCGCCACUUACCCGCUUGUUAGCUCGUUCGAAUACUGCGAGAGGCUCGACUGUUAUGUGGACAGUCUGGACCUUCUGGACCCGAACAUUCCCGGGCCACGCCCGCCCUCCACCCGCAAGUCAGAGAUCUUUGAUGAGCGAGAUUAUGAAGAAGUGGACGAGAGGGCUAUAACAACGCCGGCGAAUUUCUUGAAGCAAACGCUGAAGGAGCUCGUGGCGCACCUGACUGCCGGGUACCAGGACGACUUGUCGCGCAUCCGGGUCAUCUUCCGAUGGAUCACGUGCCAGCCCGUGGAUCUGCUGCCGAUGCCAAAGGAGCCACCACAGUCGCAGGCUAUCUACCAACUGUGGAGGAUCAAACACAAGAAAGGCAACUACGCGCAGCUGGUCAGUCUGCUGUGCAGAUACGCCCAGAUUCCCUGCGUCAUCAUCCACGGGACGCUGAAGGGCUCAACAUAUGAGGUCGGUGACGUUAUCAACGACGACCAGCAUUACGGCGAGUGGAACGCGGUGCUCGUGAACGGCGAGUGGCGCUUCCUCAACGCCUACUGGGGCACGUGCGCGGACAGCACCUCUAACAUACGGCACUCGAACGGCCUCGCAGACGACGAGACAAAUCGCGAGUACUAUGGCUGUGACGAGAACUAUUUUUUAACGGACCCUGAUCAAGUCGUGGCUACUCACCUACCGAAGUCUCAGAAAUGGCAACUGAAGGAGAGGCCGGUUUCCAAGGAAGAAUUCGAGAAAAUGACUUUUGUGAAAGACCGGUACUUUAACAUGAGGUUAAAAACCUUGAGCCACCAUACAUGUGUCGUUGAAAGCAGUACGGGCGAGGUGGAGAUUACGUUACUCAUUCCCAAACAUAAAGGCUACGACUACGACUUCCAGUAUCUGCUCUUCAAGACAGUAGGUGACGUGGACACAAGAGUUGACCGCUACUUGUUCAUACACCGGACGGCUGACCACGAGCACCUGACGAUGCGCGUGCGGCAUCCCUCCUCUGCCACACUGAGGCUCGAACUCGUGGGCAAGGAUACCACCAUCACCACGCCCAAUUACGACUACGACUGGAUAGCCAUCUAUAAAAUUAUAUUUCAUGAAGGACUCUACAAAUGUCCGGUGUUUCCUCCGACGCCGUCAGUAGGCUGGGGUCCAGGGCGAGUAACCAGGGCGACUGGACUAGUGCCCCUUAGUCAUUUUACAGGCGAGGUCCUCAUGGACGACUACGGGAAGGCGGAAGUAAAAUUUGGUGCUGCGCAGAAAGGCCAAAUCGGCGAGAUGUCGUAUACGGCUAAGGUAUUCACGGGAGGCGAGAGCUUGGAGGAGGUAAUGGAUUCUGUGGUGCACAGAGUCGAGAAUGGUGACGUCAUAUUCAAUGUUAUGACGCCUCAGAGCGGCGAAUACGUGCUGAGAUUAUUUGUGAAAGACGAGGAUUCCGAGACUGUGAACGAAUUCUGUGAUUAUUUGUUAGUUUCCCACCAGAAGGACUCAAAUGGGAAAUACCCUAAAGGAUUUCAGGCGCGCCUGGGUCCGAAGAAAGCGUUCGCGACGAGCGGCAUGUCACCUACAAUUCCCAGUGGGUACAUCCGGACUGAAAUGCCGGACGUAAACAUAGGGUUCCAACGCAGCGAGGAUAUCGAGUUGUCCGUUAACUUCUCCGGCGAGAACGUCAAAUCCGCCGACGCGCCGCGCCUCCUGUCGCAGAGGGAGAACGGAAAAUGGGUCACAUACACCGUCAGGUUGCCGGACACGGGUCAGUUUGGGGUGAAAGUGAGAGGCUCGCUCCAGGACGAGGGCGUGCAUGAGCCGCUGUAUGAUUACGUCAUCGACUACCGGAAAAUUAAGAAAAGGACGUCGAAGACGCCUAGCAUUCAAGAGGAGGCGGAAUCCUACCGGGGCUCAGAAAAUGAAGUGGAGGAAAAGACAACUGAAUACCCUCCCGAACAGGAAGACACUGCAAAGACCGCACUGGACAUACUGCGCAGGCGCAUGCGCAUGUCCAUCGAAGAGAGCAACGCGCCGGAGCUGAAGCGCGUGCUGACUGAGAUGCGACAGCUGCCUAUCGCCUCUGUGGAGCCGGAUAUCAUGUACGGCGAAAAGGAACUCGUUUUCAUCAGCGUUAAAAGAGAACUGAUCAUCGCGAUACGCGACAAGGACACCCGAAAGCUGAAGGCAGCCUUGAAGAAGGUGAAGGCGACCGGCCUGGAGGAACGCCUUCACAACGAGGUGACCCUGGCCAGGAGCCUCCUAGACAGACUGAAGAAGCUCCAGCGGCUUCUGCACGCCGUACUGGCGCUGGACCAGUCGACGAUCCUGGAGAUCCGCGGCUACAGCGCGCCACCUAUCAUCGUGAAGACAGUCAUGAUGGCCACGCUGCUGCUGCUGGGGCACUGGGAGGAGGACACCAAGACAUGGAAGAAUGUGCAGACGCUACUCGGGCGGACCGGAAAGGAGUCGCUCAAGCGGCAGAUCCAGGAGUUCCAGCUGGAGACCUGUCCCCUUGAGGUGGCCAUGGGAGCGAGGGACCUUCUGAAGGAGUUCAGCAUCGAACAAGUGCGCCUCGUGAGCGCCGGAUGUGCCACAUUUUACAUCUGGGUGAAGGGCGUGGUCGAGGAGCUGGAGAAGCGCGCGGGCGAGGAGAUGAACAACAUCCGGCCGCGCACCAACCAGGGGCGCCGUAAGAAGGAGCUGACCUUCCUCACAGAUCUUCAGAUCAACCAGAUAGGCUUGCAACCAUAGCAACCACGCGCUUUUAUAGAAACCAUACAUGUGGAAACGGGAACGCGUCACGACGGAUUUCAAAAUUAUGGAAUACAAAGCAAACAUUUACAUCAAAAUCAAUUUGUUCAAAAGUGCAAGGAAGUAACGUUCUCUGUUUGCAAUUGAUAUUCAGUCCAUCACGAUCGGUUGUUUGAAAGCAUUUACAGUAAGUUUCUUCGUGGGACAUGAUUGUUAGAUGCAAAAUAGUGCUUUAAUGUACACCUCCGAUUUAUUGAAAUCUCAAAGUAUAAACUGAUCUGAAUGUAUGUUAUGGUAUUGUGUGUCUCAAAAUGUACGAAGUGAUUAUUUUGUCAAUAAAUUUGCAACAAGCA